UUCUUGCAAGUGUUUUGGAGCUUUGAAGCCAAAUCAUCAUUGAAUUCCAGUUCUGAAAAUACAUUUCUUAUACCUUCUAUAUCCUACUUCUGAGUAAUUAAUUUUUGUGAGAAUCCAUCAAUAUGUGCCUCUGCUGCCUUGGGGACCCUUUGGAUCCUUCCAAUGCAGCUUCAAAAGAGCUUAAUUUUUUAUUUCGAAGUGGGUUUGUGGAGGGUUGGGUGAUUUUCACAGUUUUGGUCACAGUUGUUAUCAUGUUGUUUUGUUCAUCAAGGGUGCCAUCAAAGAAGAAAAUCACCAAGAAAAACAAGAAAAUGGAAGUGGCAAUCCAGGGAAGAAAGUGGCCCAUUACAAAAGAAACAAGUGUAGACAUCAAGAUAUCUUUGUCAGAGAAGCUGGUUGUCACAAUGAGUUAUGAAGAAGUCUACAGAGCAACCAACGGUUUCAGCGAGGACAAUGUUGUAGGGACGGGCGACACAGGGACGACAUACAAGGCAGCCCUCCCAGAUGGAUUGUUACUUGCUGUCAAGAGGUUCCAUGUUUCGAAUUGUGCUCAGGAUCGAUUUGAAUCUGAGCUGAUGACUCUGGGCAGAUUGUCACACUGUAAUGUAGUGCCACUACUGGGAUUCAGCAUGGACACUGAGAGAGUCUUGGUCUACAAAUUUAUGUCAAAUGGGAACCUUUUCGAUCUGCUGCAUCGUAUGCAGGUCAAGGACAGGGUCUUGGACUGGCCUUUGAGGGUAAAAAUAGCAGUUGGCCUAGCCAGAGGCUUGGCAUGGCUCCAUUGCAACAGAAAUUUCCAAGUAUGCCACCACAACAUAAGCUCAAAGUGUAUCUUACUUGAUCAGAACUUUGAUCCCAAGAUAUCAAACUUUGGGGGGGCGAGGCUUAUGAACUCAAAUCACAAGGGCUCAAAUGGAAGUUCCUUUCUGAAUGGUGAGGCUCCAGAGCACAAGGAUGUAUACGGUUUCGGUAUUGUGCUUCUUGAGCUGGUUACAGGGGAGGAACCAAGCAAAGUGACUAGUCAACUAGGAGUUUGGUCUUUUGGUUUCUAUGAGGCUAUAGAUAAAUCUCUGAUCGGGCAGGGAUACGAUGGUGAGAUUUUUCAGUUCCUUAGAGUUGCAGGUAGUUGCAUUCGGCCUAUCCAAGAUGGAAGACCAACAAUGCUUGAUGUAUACAAAACAUUAAGGGCUGCAGGGGAGAGACACAGCCAGCUCACAGAUGAUUCUGAUUUUGAUUCUGAUGCAUCAACACAAAGGGUAAUUUCUGCUACAAAUACUAGUUAUAGAAACAAACAAAUGGGAGCUGAAAUAACAGAGGAGAUUGAAUGAAGAAGUCAUUUAUAACUGUAUUUUAAAUAUGACGAGUCAUCAUAUGUAUAUUUCUA